GAUCCAGGCCGGGCAGGGAGGAGGGCGGUCAGGGCCGUCCCCAAGGCCCCAGACGCCAGCCCUGGGCCGAGGGGAUCUCCAUGGUGGCCGGGCCUCAGGCUGGACCCCCUCCUUCCUGCGGGCUGCGACAGGCGCGCGCCCGAGCUACGGGUCGCCGGCGAGGUCCCAAGAGGGCCGCGCGCGCCCUGGAUGGCGAAUGAUGGACGCGCUUCACCCGACCCAGCCCGCCGGGCCUAGGGCCUGAAAGUGCUUCUGCCUCCGCCUCCGCUCUGCGUCCUCCCCAGCUGGAGGAAACCUGCAGGCCCUCGCCCACUGGAGCCCAGAAGAGCCAGACGCUGUCUGUCGGUAGCUUCAGAGGUCCACGCCUGGGGAGGCCCCCAGAGAGAGGCGGAACGCUGCGGCCACGGCAACCCCUGGGCUCUGGACGGGGAGGAAGGCGGGCCUCUGCAGACAGGGCUGAGACGGGGAGGGUGCGAGCGGGGGACGGUUAAGUGGGGUGUCUCUUCCAAAGCAGACCGGCCGGCGAACGAGGCCCGAUGAAGAAAGGUUCUGCUGCGCGAAGGCGGCCCAUCCCCACUUCGGCCCGGGAUGUCCUCAUUGCCCUUGAUGCCUGGAGCUUCCAACUCGCCCCCACUAGGCCCUGGGGGUCCCUAGCCAGGGAGUGGGACAGAGUGAAGGCGCUGAACCGUUACUGCCGGAGCCUUCUCCUAUGGUGGAGAUCUCAAGAGUGGAGGAGAGUGAGUUGGCACCAGAGACCUCUGGGUUCACAGAUUUUAGGAGAACUCUUGGCUACUGCCACCUCCUCAAAAGAAGACCAGAAAAACCUGUUGAUCAAGCAAAGCACAGCUCCGUCAAGGCUGAUGAGGCUGCCAGCACGGCUCCCUUCCACCUUGAUCUCUGGUUCUACUUCACCCUGCAGAACUGGAUUCUAGACUUUGGCCGCCCCAUUGCCAUGAUGGGGGAACUGAGGCCUGAAGAGGGGAAGAACUUGCCCAGGGUCACCCAGAACGUUGGUGCACAACUGAGUCCCAAAGGAGCCUCCAACUCUCAGCUGGUGUUUCCUCUCGAGUGGUUUCCGCUUAACAAGCCCAGCGUGGGGGACUACUUCCACAUGGCCUACAACAUCAUCACGCCCUUUCUCCUGCUCAAGCUCAUCGAGCGGUCCCCACGCACCCUGCCGCGCUCCAUGAUCUAUGUCAGCAUCAUCACCUUCAUCAUGGGCGCCAGCAUCCACCUGGUGGGUGACUCUGUAAACCACCGCCUGAUCUUCAGCGGCUACCAGAACCACCUGUCAGUCCGCGAGAACCCCAUCAUCAAGAAUCUCAAGCCGGAGACGCUGAUCGACUCCUUUGAGCUGCUCUACUACUACGACGAGUACCUGGGCCACUCCAUGUGGUACAUCCCCUUCUUCCUCAUCCUCUUCAUGUACUUCAGUGGCUGCUUCACUCCCACCAAAGCUGAGAGCUCAAUGCCAGGGCCAGCCCUGCCCCUGGUGGUGCCCAGCGGCCUGUACUACUGCUUGGCGGACUUUCGACUUGAAGCCGGGAGGAAGGGGAACAGGAAGGCGGUUCUGGGAGCAGCGAGCGCACGGGUGGCAACCGGAGGCCCCGCGAUGGCCAAGUUUCUUUCCCAGGACCAAAUUAACGAGUACAAGGAAUGCUUCUCCCUGUACGACAAGCAGCAGCGGGGGAAGAUGAAAGCCACUGACCUCCUGAUGGUGAUGAGGUGCCUGGGGGCAAGCCCGACGCCGGGGGAGGUGCAGCGGCACCUGCAGACUCACGGGAUAGACAGAAAUGGAGAGCUGGAUUUCUCUACUUUCCUGACCAUUAUGCACAUGCAAAUAAAACAAGAGGACCCAGAGAAGGAAAUUCUUUUGGCCAUGUUGAUGGCGGACAAGGAGAAGAAAGGCUACAUCAUGGCGUCUGAACUGCGGUCAAAACUCAUGAAACUGGGAGAGAAGCUCACCCAUAAAGAAGUGGAUGAUCUUUUCAGGGAAGCAGAUAUUGAACCUCAUGGCAAAGUGAAGUAUGACGAAUUUAUCCGCAAGAUCACCAUUCCUGUGCAGGACUACUCAAUGAGGAGAAGGCAAGAGAGCCUCCCCUGGGCCGGAAAACUCAGACCGAUGAAUCUUUAAAAAGAAAAGCGUUCCUUUCACUUGUGGGAGAUGGCAAACACAGCAAGAUGACAUACCUGACCACAGCAGCGGGUAACUUAGCAAGGAAACGAAACGAUUUCAGCUACAGUAUUAGCAUGUCUUUAAUAAAAGACUUUUACUGAUUUUAAUAACUAACUACCAUCAGUCUAGCCCUUUAUAUCAUGGAAAGAGCCUAUGGUUUAGAGUUGGGCCAGGGUUCCAGUCCUGACUCUGCCACUUCUGAGUCAGGUGAUUUUGGGCAAAUCAUUUCACCCCUCAAAGCCUUAGGAUCCUCACUGAGGUUGGAUUCCUACUUCUUACCUCAUGGAGCCUGUUGAAAAUGGUCUUCAAAGGGCCUUUGCAAAUUGUAGAGCACUGUGUAAUCCUGGGUUGCCAUGGUCGUGCUUCUCCUAAAAAGGGCAAUUUACCGAAAGACUAAUAUUCUGUAUUUGGGUGCUAGAAUCAUCUUCCACAUUUUCAAGAUAAAGCUAGCUGAGAAACAGCAACAAACAGAGAGCUCAAACUAUGGCAACAGUUCUUGCAGCACCACAGGGUCACAUACAAAUUCUCAUUCCCAGUGCAUACUAAUGUAGUUCAGGAUAUUCAUUCAUAAACAGGAUAAAAAACAGGUUUAAAACAAGGCAGCAUCAGCUAAACCCUGGGAAGAGUGAUCCGACUACACCCCAAACCAAAGGAAACCAGAUGUGACGAGUUGCAUUCACUGAGGCCUUGCAGAGCUUGAGAAGACCUGUUAUGAUGCUUCUGUCAGAAUUUUGAGCUCCUCCCUGACCCAUUAUCACAGAGGUUCAUGGGACUGGGAUGGUCUGCUCAAGUGGGCCAAACUGAUGAUGGCGUCAAGCCAUUUCCUCAGGACUAAUGGAAAGUAAUAAGGGGAUGGAACAGGCCACAGCCAUGACCCAGCGAGAGCCCUGGAAAACAAUAGUAGGGGUACUGGUCCUGCCGGGAGCUUUUCCAGCACAAGUGGCUUUUUAAGUUAGUUAUGUAGCCAGGAGGUGCCAGGCUGGUGCUGCCUGUGCACUCAUCAAUGGUGUGGAUCCAUCGCUAGCGCCAGCACAGCCCUAAAACGGGCUGGAGUCACACACCAGCAUGCUGAGGGCGGAGCGGGGCAGAACUCUUAACUACAGAGAUUUUCAUCCUUAUAUGUAUCAAAACUGGGAUCUCUGGGCUGUGGCUUUUUCUAAUUGUGCCUUAGUGGCUAAAGCAAAAGAAAACCAAAUUAAGAGGGAGGUGCGUCUCUGGGGAGGUUUACACAGAACGCAAAUCUAAGGGCCAGGAACAAGGUAAACUUCAGGGGACAAAACAGUCACAGUCUUAGUGCAGCUAUCUCACGAUGCUGCAUGGCCUCAGACCAAAUGGAGGUCCUGAGAAAGGAGAGCCGCUUUCAUUUCCCCAACAGUGUAACUGCCAAUGAAUUCCUAGGAGCUGUAGAGGCGGCUUCUGUGGGGGCAGGCAGUAUAUGGGCCCCAAAACAGCAAGUAGGUGACCUUGUGAUCGUCAGGCUGGAUCUUAGGCUCACUCGGUACAGGGGCAGAUCCAGGUUUUGUGGGGUCUGAGGGUUAUACGAUUCGGCGGCCUUCUUUAAGAAUAUUACAGUAGAAAUAGAGAAUUACUAGGGCUGCUCCUGGGACCCUGGAAGAGACCAGAGCAAGUGAGGGGCCCUGGAGCUUAAACUUCAUUACCUUCAUGGUAAAUCCAUCUGAGGGCUGGUUAGAUGUUGGCACCCAUGUUGAACUGCUAUAUUUCACUUUCAGGCAAGGCUCAAGGGUCCUAGUGCGCCACAUUUCUUUUUAACUCAUCAUGGACAUGAGGAAGUUAGUCCUGCACAGCCACUCUGACAGUAGAUACCUGUGAUUUAGAUGGGACAGGAAAAGGAAGUUCUGGGCUAUAACAAUAAACACGGGUACGUUCCCUCAAAGCUUUGUCUUUAUAUGCCACUGAAUGGUACCCGUUUGGUUUCAAAGCAAGUUUUAUGAAUCUCAUUUGCCUAACAGGAACCUGAAGUAGACCUUGCCAAAAACAUAAGUGGUGUGUAACAGCCUUGAGAACCUGGGGCUUGUGUCCACUGACUCAGUGUUCCUCAUUAAGGGUGUUCAGUGGGUAGGAUUCCAAGAUCCUGGGAUGUGCUCUGAUUUAAACUUCUACCCCAGGAAAGGCUCUGACACUACCCCAUGUCUGGGUUUCAUGCUCAUUCCUGAAAUUCCUGUUGGUUUACCUAGCACCAAGUAUUGUUUGCAAAGAAAAGGCCACAGUGCUCUUAACAAUCAAAUUGCAGAUUAAACAGAUUUAAAACUAAAUGGAUGCUGUGGUUCAUUACAAAGCUAGCCAUAUUUCAGUAAGAAAGGGGAAUGAUAGCUGUAUAUUCAUUACUUACCUCAAAGCAUGUUGCAAGAGAAUGAGUUACCUGUCAUGCUUUGAAAUCUCUGGAUCAGAGGGGCUCUGGAAGCACAAAGCAUCGUCACUUUUUCUCAUAGGGAUUGUCCCCUUGUAUACGCAGCAGUGUAUUUUACAGAAGACAAAUUAACUGAAGGCUUUUCUUUUAUUACAUCUAAAGAGCUCUACAUAAACAGGUAACAUUCAAUAGGUAAACAAUUUUUUUUCCAAUGCAUGUAAUAAAUAUUUUCACUUGGUACUUUUAUACAAACUGACAUUGGCCUACUAUACAUUUUUAAAAGCCAUUUUACUGGUUUGGCAUGCGGUAUGGAAAUUCUAAGAGAGAAAGUUUUAAGGCAAUGAAUCACAGAUUUAAGUUCAUGGAAUUUAUGGUAACUUUUAUAUCUGUUUAUAUACAUUUUUCCCCUUUGUUAAUUAAACAAUUAACAGCAGCACACUCUGGGACCACCAGCUAUUCUCCCUCCCUCUUUCUGAAAUCUAAGCUUUGUAUUUUCUUUUAAUUAAAAAACAGAAUUCAACAUGUAUUGAUAAAACAAAACUCUUACUAAAAUAAUUUCAAAUGUGCUUUAAAGUCCUAAAGAUCUUGAAGUGUUUUGUGUGUUUAAAAUUGGAG